AUGACAAGAAACGCCAGACCCAACAUCGUCCUGCUGAUGGCAGAUGACCUUGGAGUGGGGGAUUUGUGCUGCUACGGUAAUAACUCAGUGAGCACCCCUAAUAUUGACCGCCUGGCAAGUGAGGGAGUGAGGCUCACCCAGCAUCUCGCAGCUGCUUCCAUGUGAACCCCAAGUCGGGCUGCCUUCCUGACCGGCCGGUACCCCAUCAGAUCAGGGAUGGUGUCUCCCUACAACCUCAACCGUGCCCUCACGUGGCUUGGUGGUUCAGGUGGUCUUCCUACCAAUGAAACAACUUUUGCCAAGCUGCUGCAGCACCGUGGCUACCGCACGGGACUCAUAGGCAAAUGGCACCUGGGUUUGAGCUGCGCCUCUCGGAAUGAUCACUGCUACCACCCGCUCAACCAUGGUUUUCACUACUUUUAUGGGAUGCCUUUCGGACUUUUAAGCGACUGCCAGGCAUCCAAGACACCAGAACUGCACCGCUGGCUCAGGAUCAAACUGUGGAUCUCCACGGUGGCCAUUGCCCUGGUUCCUUUUCUGCUUCUCAUUCCCAAGUUCGCCCGCUGGCUCUCAGUGCCAUGGAAGGUCAUCGCUGUCUUUGCUCUCCUCGCCUUUCUGUUUUUCACUUCCUGGUAUUCUAGUUAUGGAUUUACUCGGCGUUGGAAUUGCAUCCUUAUGAGGAACCAUGAAAUCAUCCAGCAGCCGAUGAAAGAGGAGAAAGUAGCUUCCCUCAUGCUGAAGGAGGCGCUAGCUUUCAUUGAAAGGGUCAAACGGGAACCUUUUCUCCUCUUUUUUUCCUUCCUGCACGUACAUACUCCACUCAUCUCCAAAGAGAAGUUUGUUGGGCACAGUAAAUAUGGCAGGUAUGGGGACAAUGUAGAAGAAAUGGAUUGGAUGGUGGGGAAAAUUCUGGAUGCCCUAGACCAGGAGUGCCUGGCCAACAACACCUUGGUGUACUUCACCUCUGACAACGGGGGCCACCUGGAGCCCCUGGACGGGGCUGUUCAGCUGGGCGGCUGGAACGGGAUCUACAAAGGUGGCAAAGGAAUGGGAGGAUGGGAAGGAGGUAUCCGUGUGCCAGGGAUAUUCCGGUGGCCGUCGGUCUUGGAGGCUGGGAGAGUGAUCAAUGAGCCCACUAGCCUAAUGGACAUCUAUCCGACGCUGUCUUAUAUAGGUGGAGGGAUCUUGCCCCAGGACAGAGUGAUUGACGGCCAGAACCUAAUGCCCCUGCUGGAAGGAAGGGCGUCCCACUCCGACCACGAGUUCCUAUUCCACUACUGUGGGGUCUAUCUGCACACGGUCAGGUGGCAUCAGAAGGACUGUGCAACUGUGUGGAAAGCUCAUUAUGUGACUCCUAAAUUCUACCCUGAAGGAACUGGUGCCUGCUAUGGGAGUGGAAUAUGUUCAUGUUCAGGGGAUGUAACCUACCACGACCCACCACUCCUCUUUGACAUCUCAAGAGACCCUUCGGAAGCCCUUCCACUGAACCCUGACAAUGAACCACUAUUUGACUCCGUGAUCAAGAAGAUGGAGGCAGCCAUAAAAGAGCAUCGUAGGACACUAACACCUGUCCCACAGCAGUUCUCUGUGUUCAACACAAUUUGGAAACCAUGGCUGCAGCCAUGCUGUGGGACCUUCCCCUUCUGUGGGUGUGACAAGGAAGAUGACAUCCUUCCCACAGCUCCCUGA